GAAACCGCUGCGUUCCUCCUAAAACGCCUCGUUCGGUUAAUUUUAAUGCCCCCCUCCCCUCGUCCCUCCUCUCCACUCUCUUAAAAACUCUUCAGGUUUUUCCAACUGAGCGAUUCAGGCUGAGGCGGGCGCAACCGCACUAGAGGGGGUGGGGUGGGGGGGAGAGAGUCAAGUCGUGCUGGACUGGCGCGAUAUCCUCGCACGGUUCACAACUCAAAGAAGACCCGACUCGCGUUUAAUCAUGCUUUUAAAUGAUGGAAUAUGCUGAUUUUAAAAGUUGACCAGGGAUUUCUAGUUGUGGGGUGUUUGCGAGGCAUGGCUUUCGUUUUAACUUGCUUAUUUCUGUCUUGUUACAGUGUGAGCAGUGUUUGGGGAAAUCAGCACAGUGAGACCAGUAUCUAUUUGGAUAACAUCACGCGCAUAUUGGAUAGAUUACUGGAUGGCUAUGACAACAGGCUGCGACCUGGAUUUGGAGGUCCAGUUACAGAGGUUAAAACAGACAUCUUUGUCACCAGCUUUGGACCUGUUUCAGAUGUUGAGAUGGAAUACACCAUGGACGUGUUCUUUCGUCAGACAUGGAUAGACGAGCGGCUGAAAUUUGAGGGCCCCAUCGAGAUCCUGCGGCUCAACAACCUGAUGGUCAGCAAGAUCUGGACGCCAGACACCUUUUUCCGGAAUGGCAAGAGGUCGAUCUCUCACAACAUGACCACCCCCAACAAGCUGUUCCGCAUCAUGCAGAACGGAACUAUCCUCUACACUAUGAGAUUAACUAUAAAUGCGGAGUGCCCCAUGCGUCUGAUGAACUUCCCAAUGGACGGCCAUGCCUGCCCACUCAAGUUUGGGAGUUAUGCUUAUCCCAUCAGUGAGAUUGUGUACACAUGGAAGAAAGGCCCCCUUUCCUCUGUGGAGGUGCCACAGGAAUCAUCCAGUCUGCUGCAGUACGACCUCAUCGGUCAGACAGUGUCAAGUGAGAGGCUAAAGUCCAAUACAGGUGAAUAUGUGAUCAUGACCGUCCACUUCCACCUACAAAGGAAAAUGGGCUUCUUCCUGAUCCAGACUUACAUUCCCUGUAUUAUGACUGUCAUCCUGGCCCAAGUCUCUUUCUGGAUUAAUAAGGAAUCGGUUCCAGCUCGGACUGUGUUUGGCAUCACCACUGUCUUGACCAUGACAACACUCAGUAUCAGCGCCCGGCACUCCCUCCCCAAAGUUUCCUACGCCACAGCCAUGGACUGGUUCAUUGCUGUUUGCUUUGCCUUUGUCUUCUCUGCCCUGAUCGAGUUUGCGGCCGUCAACUACUUCUCCACCCUGCAGGCCAACCGGGAGCUGCGCAAGGCAGCGGCGAUGAAGGCGGCGGCUCAAGAGGCAGCAGCCGCAGCUGCAGCUCCGGCUGCAGCAACGGGGAAUGAUGGAGAGGUUUCCUCGGUGGAUGCCAGUAGUGUGCUGAAGAAGAGGAUGAACUCUGCUCCGCUGUUUGACCGCCCUGCCAAAACAUUUCCCAACCCACCUGUCAAUGCCCAAGCCUUCCUACAGCAGGGUUCAGCCGUACCGGCCAACAACGUUCUGACUGGCACCAGCAUCAUCGACAAAUACUCCCGCAUCCUCUUUCCCCUUUCGUUUGGCGCCUUCAACCUGGUCUACUGGAUCGUCUAUCUCACCAAGGACACCAUGGAGAUGUCCAGGGAUACCGUCUAAACCAAGAGUUCAUCAUUCUGGAAAUCACUCACAGUCACAAUCGCACACACACACACAAUAAAUAGAUGACAGACGCUUGCCAAGCACUCUUUUAUGCCGCCUCAGUGCAUUGUAUUUCUUUUUAAGUACUCCCUUGGAAAGUGAGUGUUUUGAGAGCAGAUGUACCAGCUCCUAUUGCCAACUUGACCUGGGAGCUCACAGCCUGUGGGCACCAGGCACUGGAAACAUUUCAAAGAGGUACUACAUCUCUCAUUUCUUUAUCUCUACUCCAAAAAAUUAAAAAAAGAAAAAAAAAAUACGUUAUGGCACUUUUUCAGUGUCCGUCCUGUGUGUCCCCUGCCCAAGUGGAUGGGGAAAUAUGUAACAACCAAGCUAGCUAGGCUGCAAAACCAGAGGAAGAGCUUCUACUUUUUUAUGUGCAUUUAUUUCUGUAUGCGUGCAACAACCAUGCAUUUCCACACAUGAAAGCAAAUUUGCAUGUGUGUUUAAAAUGACACAUUCCCUUCUCUGAUAUUUAGAACACACUUGAGGGAGUGUUCCUGUUGUCCUGACUGGAUCCAGUGUGACUGACUCGCAGGAACUCUCUCACUCCCAGUUUCUCUUUCCACUCUUCAUCCCCACCCCCCCAACACACUACUUUUUUGGUUCAUUGCCUUAGUUUCCCUCCACUGAUGGGAGUACAGAGGAUGUGAAGCAAAAUCUUCAAUGGGUUUUUAUGGUGUGUUCCACAGAUACAUUGGCCGGGUUGAAUAUUCAGUGUCAUACGCAUCACGUUAUGGAGAAACGUGCACAUGUAAAUAGAAAAAAGAAAAAAAACACUAUGCAGACAUGCCACUCAGGCACAGUUUGUGUUUUCCAUGAUUUCCAGGAUGUCCUAUAUUUCCUGUAGAUAUAAGUAAAUGUUGAAACAUCAGUGGAUGAUUUAAUGACUAGUAAAUAACUUGUUGCAGCUCAAAGUUGUGAUCCAUCCAAUAACAUUUUUAGGAAUAAUCACAGAAGCAUACAAUACCUGCUUACAGGAACAACAGAAAAAGACAAACUUGUUGGGAACACAAAUGCUAAAGUUUGCCAGGUAUUUAAUGUGAGCCAGAGGAAUUAGCUUGAGCUGCCAAAUUUCUGACAUAAGUGACACUUAAGUGCAACAAUGAAUGUAAGCACAAAGGAUGAAAAAACAAAAAGAAAGAAAGAGAGAAAGAGAGAAAGAAAUAGAUAAAGAAAGAAAGAAAGCAUACAUUUAUCCCACUACUACACAUAUACUUGCUAGCAUCCCAUACAAUAAGGUCUUUAUGUAUCCUGGCAACAACCUGUCUUCCCCCACAGAAGAUUUAGCCCUUUUAAUGCUAAUAUUGUUAUCAUUUUCUUUUUUAUUGUUUCUAUUUAUUGUAGUCAUUUUAAUUGAUGUUAAAGAAUUCCUACAUUGGUAACAAAUAAUUUCUCAAGAUGACAGCUCUGGCUUCUGGUUUUCAUUUAAAAAAGCAGCAAAAAAUAGAAAGCUAAAGCUAUCAUCAUCAAUUAUACGAAAUGCCAAAACAUAUUCAUUAAUAAUCCACUUGGGUGGAUUUGCAUAUGAUUAUGCACUGUUUCCAAUUAAGUAGAGAGGCUAACAUAUUAAAGCCAUGUGGUGUCUAAAUAUAAGCUGAUGUGUUUUUGCUUCCUCACGUCAUCCAUCAUCCACGAGGAUGCUCACAUUAAAGGUGCCUCUUAUUAACACAGGCACCUUUGGAAAUGAAAAGCCUGCACAGUGUGCCAAAGGAUUAAAGUAGUCUUGAAAACUGUGUACUUCCUGUGGUUGUUUAGAGGGUAUUUGAUUUUGAUGAAAACACAAACUGUUAAAAUCUGUACAAUUGGUGUAAAGCGUCCCUGUGUUCUUAUUCAUUCAUCAUUCGGCAGCUGUAGAAGGUACUGAACAAGAAAUUAUAUGGUUUUCUUGUUCUUGAAAUAUUGUGUUAAGAUUUUUAUAAAUUCCAUUUGGAAAGAAAACUCUUAAUUUGUUGUAAUUAUGUGUACUUCUUAUGAGCUCUCUGAUUAGUGAACAGACCAGCAUGAUAGAGCUCAGUUCAGCAACACUGAUGUAGUAAAACAAUAAUGCAUGAUUAAAACUUUACAUCUAAAACAUUAGUUUUUUUAAGAAUAAAAUAUGCAAUGCAAUAAAACAAAUGCAAUAUAGACUCUGGUUGGAGCCCUUGGGAUCAAUUGCUUAAAACCAUAUCCUGAAGUUGCAAAGCUUUCAUUAACUAGUUGCAUCUGUGUCACCAGACAAGAACAUCAGUAUUGAAUGAUUUUGUAAAAACCCAGAUUCCAUCCAGUGCCAAGGAUUUUAAAAUUGUUGCUUUCUACGAUAUCUGUGCAUGGCAGCUAUAGUGUAACUAAGGUAAGGUUAGGGUUAGGCUACUAUACUCUUUGUUAAGGGAAGACUUUGGUCACCGUUAGAAAUAAAAAUCUAACAUACUAGAUUUAGACACAUGACUGUGUACUUCAAAUCUCUGUUCAGUCAACAUUGAAAUGAUGUGUAUCUAUGGCCUAUUGUUGUCAUCUAUGGAGUGCAAAGGAUUUGUUCAUUUUAAGGCCAGUUGUUGCAUGUUUUUUUUUUUCAUGUGUACACCAGAGGACUAAAAGAACAGUGGUGUCAGACUGUAUGAACUGUCUUUGUAUCCUCCCUCCUCCUCUACUUCAGUCAUCACCCUCCUCUCCUCUGUCUUUGAGGCAGAGGCUGAAGAGACAGGGCAUCUCAGCAGUUACUGCCCUGUAUGUCAGCCUCUAUUGUGGGAAAACCUGACUGCCAGUGAACUCAGACCACUACAGAACUGCUGGCUCAACCCCAGAGGAGCCUCAGAAAACUUGUGACCUCCCACUUCCAGCAGCGACUGUGUUCCUGCAGAAUAAACUUCCAACUCUCAAUACAGUCAAACAGAAAUAAGCUACAGCAAGGGGGUGUGAAUGUAAGUGUGUGUGCGCGCUUUUUUUUUUUUUUAAACAUGACCGAGCUCGUUUGCUUUUAUCAGUGACCUGACUGAUCUGCCCUCUGACCCCAGCCUAGCUGCUCAGCUCCAUCGCACCACCGGGAGAACCGCACUUGCAUGACCUCCAACCCUUUAUGUGCUUGUUAGGGUUGUUGAAUGUAGAAGGUUGUGAACUCCAUAGAAUAUAGAAUUCUAUUGCUAUGGUGACUGCAGCCAUUAAAUGCCCUUUAGUCAUUUUCAUUUCAUUCCACAGGCAUGGGCUUUAUUGAUUCUUUCAUUUAGCCAGUGUUAUCGCACCCCCCCCCUUCCUUUUCUUCUUGCCUAGACAUUGACAUUGUGGACACAAUUUAGAAGACAAUGAAUGCUUCACAUUGUUAUUUUUUGUGUAUAUUUUGUGAAUAUGAUUAAGUAUUUCUGUAGGUUGCUAUUUGUAUUCCAACUGUAUGACCCUGCUUGAUGAUCAGCUGCACUACAUUAAUCAUUUGUACUGGUUUGGCAGACAAACCACAACUUUUGUAUUUUAGCAGUUUAGUUCUUCCGCAUUUGCUCCUUGUACACAUUGCUCUCCAUUAGUUUUUAAUGUCAUGAGGAUGGCCUGUUUAUUGCAACAGAAGAAAAUAUUUGCAUAUUUCAGGUGUUCUGUCCCCUGUUAAUAAAUGAACUCCUACUCACUUUUCUCCCCCAGGAUUGUAUAUUACUAUGUUCAAUAAAGCCAGAUUAUGUAUAUAUA